UGCAGUUGCAUUCGUUGGCAAGAUGCUGCGUCUAGUGUUAGCAUUGUUUGCAAUUGCAGAGUUCCUUAGUCCUGCAAGCGCGCAGAUUAGUCAAUGCAACGCGUGUAAUAUUAACAACAACAUAGCCUGUGUAUCCAACACUGAAUUUCGCUUCUGCGGCGCCAAUAAUUUGCCAGGCACUGGCCCAACCUUCACUUGUCCCACGGGCUCACUCUGUACCGGCAACACAGCUGUAUGCGAAGCUGGAGCGAGUGUUGUAGGUGCUUGCGCGGCUUGCCAGCAGUGCAAUUCUCAAAAGUUCGUCGCAUGCUUAGGCGUGCGCACAUACGCGUUGUGCUUGGGUGCCAGCACCCCGGACCUGACCAUAACAGGCAGCUGUGCUCCCAACUAUGUCUGCAACAGGGAUAAUCCCAAUAUAUGCGGCUUGGCGUCACAAGGCUCACAAGCUACUUGCGGACUGGCCGAUGAUGAACUGUAUUCAAGCACAACAGAGAGCACGCCAGAGAAUUUCAAUGCCACACUCUAUUGUCAAAGGAUGCAGCGCGCAGGACGCUUUCCCCGUGGCACCAAUAUCAAUACAACAUGCAGACAGUUUGUGCUCUGCUUUUAUAGAAGCAACGAAUUGCGGGGCAGCGUCUACGACUGUCCAGGCCAGACGUACUUCAAUGCCACAAGCGCUCUUUGCGUCACGGGCAUACCUGCCACAUGCACCGUUGGUAUACAGUACCUUGCCAUACAAGGACUAAUCUUGCCUGAAAAUUAAAAACAAAAUAUUCAGCUCAAUUCAAAUUCAAAUUUUGUCAAGCAAUGCAUUUGAGAAAGAAAAGAAUUCAAAUAAAUUCCAAACAUUUUUUCAGAAACCAUUAAAA